CGAUAGCCAUGGACACUCUAACGGAACAUUUCGAAUCGAUCCUUAAGAGCAAGGGACUUUCUUGGACCUCUAUUAGGAUUGCCAAUGGCCUUAAGACCUCACUUCUUGGUGCCUGGGGCCCUGACGGAGCUACCACCGGGGUCGCUCAAGAGCAAAUGAAGAAAGUCUUUCGAGGAAUGAUUGACGCCUAUAUGGAAUCCAAGUACGACGAGAAAUGUGAGAUCAGCAAUCUUGCCUUUCAAUCCGUGUUCCUCCGUGCUGUCAAAGACAAGGUUCUCUGGGUUCGGAGCCUCUCUGACCGGGAACUCAGCGAGCUCAUCUACCUUUUCAUUGAGGCCAGAGAUCAAUGUCUUAAGAGAAGACGAGAAGAAAAUUUCCAUCCAACUACCCAAGACAGCGAAUUGGCACGCCUAGUCCAGCAGUUUGUGGACCUCUGCAAUCAUUGCAUCAGCAAGCAAGAACAACCGUACUCAGGCCCAGAACUGGAAUUCGAGAAGAUGGGCGACAUCAUACCCUUUAGCAGUGUCAGUCAAUUCAUCAUGAGCAACGAGGACCCCAUGAAACGCGAUACGCUACUAGACAAGACAACCAAUCAACACUACGUCGGUUCCAGUAAAGGUCCGUUUCUCGUUCCUCAGAGACGCAAAUCUAACCGCCCGUCAAACAAUCAACAGCGAAAGGCGCAGGGGGAGCAGGCUGUCGACAUCCUGCCAAAUCUCCCAUUCCGGCCGAAGUCUGAUUAA